AUGAUUGCUUGGAUGGCUAUCUUGGACAGACUUCCCACUCGGAAUAGGCUUCAACAAAUGGGCAUUAUAACCGAUGGCUUAUGUGUUCUGUGUAAUGAAGAUCGGGAGACAAGAGACCACCUGUUCCUUCAAUGUUCAAUGACGAACUCCCUCUGGAAGGCCAUUCUGCACCUCUUCGGAUUAAGGUCAACAACACUUUCCUGGAACAACUUUUUAGCAUCGGCUUCCCUUACUUGGAAAGGUAAAUCCCUUCUUAUCACUAUAUUGAAACUUGCAUGGUGUGCACUCCUCUAUUCUCUAUGGGAGGAACAAAACAGAAGAUUGUUCAAAGGAAACUCUAGAACUAUAGUUGAAAUUCUUAAAGCUAUCAAGGAGAUGGUCGGCAUUCAACUAAGAGGUUAUUCAUGA